AUGUGUAACAGUUUCGAGCAUCCGUCUCCGGACGUAGGCACAAACCAUACUCCCAGAGGGGGAGAAAGGGAAGGAAAGAGCCAGAGGUGGAGGGGGGGCGAAGAUGGGGGUGGGGACGAAGAUGGGGGUGGGGACGAAGAUGGGGGUGGGGACGAAGAUGGGGGUGGGGACGAAGAUGGGGGUGGGGACGAAGAUGGGGGUGGGGACGAAGAUGGGGGUGGGGACGAAGAUGGGGGUGGGGACGAAGAUGGGGGUGGGGACGAAGAUGGGGGUGGGGACGAAGAUGGGGGUGGGGACGAAGAUGGGGGUGGGGACGAAGAUGGGGGUGGGGACGAAGAUGGGGGUGGGGACGAAGAUGGGGGUGGGGACGAAGAUGGGGGUGGGGACGAAGAUGGGGGUGGGGACGAAGAUGGGGGUGGGGACGAAGAUGGGGGUGGGGACGAAGAUGGGGGUGGGGACGAAGAUGGGGGUGGGGACGAAGAUGGGGGUGGGGACGAAGAUGGGGGUGGGGACGAAGAUGGGGGUGGGGACGAAGAUGGGGGUGGGGACGAAGAUGGGGGUGGGGACGAAGAUGGGGGUGGGGACGAAGAUGGGGGUGGGGACGAAGAUGGGGGUGGGGACGAAGAUGGGGGUGGGGACGAAGAUGGGGGUGGGGACGAAGAUGGGGGUGGGGACGAAGAUGGGGGUGGGGACGAAGAUGGGGGUGGGGACGAAGAUGGGGGUGGGGACGAAGAUGGGGGUGGGGACGAAGAUGGGGGUGGGGACGAAGAUGGGGGUGGGGACGAAGAUGGGGGUGGGGACGAAGAUGGGGGUGGGGACGAAGAUGGGGGUGGGGACGAAGAUGGGGGUGGGGACGAAGAUGGGGGUGGGGACGAAGAUGGGGGUGGGGACGAAGAUGGGGGUGGGGACGAAGAUGGGGGUGGGGACGAAGAUGGGGGUGGGGACGAAGAUGGGGGUGGGGACGAAGAUGGGGGUGGGGACGAAGAUGGGGGUGGGGACGAAGAUGGGGGUGGGGACGAAGAUGGGGGUGGGGACGAAGAUGGGGGUGGGGACGAAGAUGGGGGUGGGGACGAAGAUGGGGGUGGUGACGAAGAUGGGGGUGGGGACGAAGAUGGGGGUGGUGACGAAGAUGGGGGUGGGGACGAAGAUGGGGGUGGGGACGAAGAUGGGGGUGGGGACGAAGAUGGGGGUGGGGACGAAGAUGGGGGUGGGGACGAAGAUGGGGGUGGGGACGAAGAUGGGGGUGGGGACGAAGAUGGGGGUGGGGACGAAGAUGGGGCUCUCAUCUCUGAGUUGCUGGCUGCGCUGGACCGCCAACUGGAGGCAGAGUGA